AUGACUACAAGAGAGAAUAUAUGUUCUACGAGCUUCAGUGAAAAGGAAGAUCACUUAACAGGCAAGGUAGCAAAUAAUCCGGUAACAGUUCUCGGUUCAGGAGUGGCGUGUGGGAAACUUUUGACAGCCUCACUUAGACGACAAACUGAUAUUGUUAGAAAGGGUGUUGAUAGUAAAGACCGGGUGGAAAGGUUGUGGUGA